AUGAAGAGCCGGAGGCUUCGGCGCCUGAGGAGCAGCACGGGAGAGGCCCCCCAACCCACACCCGGCAGAGAAAGAAAGAAUCCCGCCUUCCUCUCUCAGAGCCCCCAGCGAGCCCAGCCCCCUGAAACAAAGGGCCUCUUCGGACCAGGCAGCGCUCUCGGCAUGCAGCAAACGCCGCCUCUGGCGCAGAGCCACGGGGUUGGAGGGGACCUCCAGAGCUCUCCCCAGCGGGCCCCGCCGCCCCCGCCAGGCAGGGCAGCCGAAGGAAAGGCGCCUCCCCGCGCCGGCUACAUCCGACGAAGGGAUUCGCCUCCUCGGCCCAGGCCUGCCGGGGGACACAGCGCAGCCGAGGGCGGGCCGCGGACCCACGAAUGCUCCGGCGGUGGAGCCUCCCUGGGCAGGGGCAGCCUACCACGGGGCCGCCGCCAGAGCGAGGGCGCCCACCCCACGCCCUCCGGAGGCCCCUGGCGGCCGGGCAAGGCGCAUCCACCGCGGCCUCGCCCGCCCCGGCUCCCUUCCGCCCGCCCGCCAGACUCACCUCGCCCGCCUGCCCAGCGAGGAAAGGCCGCGCCACAGGCUCUGCCUGACGGAGACCGAACGUCGUCGGAGAGCGGGCCGGAAGCGGAAAAAGGGGAGAAGCCGGAAGAGGAAACAGCCGCCUCCAAGACCGUGAAUCCUAGAGCGGCACGACCGGAAAGCGUGGAUGACUGA